UAUGUAUUUUAAUUCAAAAAAUUACUGAAACAUUCUAAUUUUUCCACUUGCUCUCACUCAAAUAUUAUAGAUGCCCCCAUUUUUUGCUGAAUUCACCGAAAGUGUUUUUCGUCAUUUUCGACGAAACGAGCCAGACGAAGAAAAUUCGGCGAUUUGCAGUGAAAAAAUGUCCUCGUAUGGAGCUAUUGGUGUAGAUGAUAAUGACACGGAUCCCCUUCUUGACGAUGAACCACCACGUCGUCUACCACCAGCCGGAGGAGUUCCAAUUGGUCGACGUCGUGCAAUUUCUGCAUCACAAAUCGGCUCAAUUCCAUCUCAAUCAGCUGCAACACGACAACCUUACUUAUUCACAGGAGGCCUUGGAUUACGAGAUGAAAGUCUAUUAUCAUUACAUUCUGAAGAUGAUUUACACCGUGAACACAAUAAUGCAUUGAGAUAUCGUCUCUACAAUCGAUUGGAUCCUGGAGGCGAACACUUGACUAUGCCUGACCAUGUUCUUCCGCCAAAUCUCUUCUCGAUUUUACCAUUCGAAGAAUUAAAAGAUGUCUCAGGAAAACAAGGAAGCAUUGUAACAAUAUUCUCAAUUUGGAAUACAAUGAUGGGAACUUCAUUACUAGCAAUGCCGUGGGCUCUUCAACAAGCUGGUCUUGUUCUUGGAAUUAUCAUUAUGCUCUCAAUGGCUGCAAUUUGUUUCUACACUGCAUACAUUGUAAUUGAAAGUCCGAAACGUUUACAAGAUUUGUCAGUUGAUCCACUAUUGGCUGAAUUCUCAGAUGUUUGUAAAUCUUUGUUUGGAAGAAUUGGUGAAUAUUGUGCUGUUGUAUUCAGUGUAUGUGUCCUAAUUGGUGGAGUUAUCGUCUAUUGGGUACUCAUGUCGAACUUUUUGUAUUACACUGGUGCAGUUGUCUAUGAAUCAAUGCAGCCGAAUAGUACCACUAUUCCAGUUAUGGAAAAUAAAACGUUCACUUGCGACGUAUACUGCCCAGAACAAACAUCUCAAUGGACAAUUCCACAAUGGGAAAAACAACUUUACGACGCCGUAUCCGAGAUGGAAGGAGGCGAAACAGGCGACGAUUCAUGGAGUUUUGACAAAUUUUGGACACUUCGUGGCACUGUUCCAAUUUAUUUGGCUUUUGCUCUGUUUCCACUUAUGAACUUCAAAUCACCAACAUUCUUCACGAAGUUUAAUGUUCUUGGAACAAUUUCUGUCAUGUACCUAUUAAUGUUCGUUUUCUCGAAACUUUUGGAAUGUGGUGUCAAUAUGGAUUUUUCGAAUCCAAAAUCAAUUCACUAUGUUCAAUUAGCAAAUAUGCAUUUUCCUGCUCUGAGUGGUACUCUCACACUCUCAUAUUUCAUUCAUAAUGCUGUUCUCACUAUUCUUCGAAAUCAGAAACAUCCAGAGAAUAAUGCAAGAGAUUUAUCGAUAGGAUAUUGUUUGGUUGCUUUUUGCUAUGUUUUCAUUGGGUUCACAUUUUUCGCCGCGUUUCCCGUUCAAAGAAGUUGCAUUAGUGAUAACUUCCUAAACAAUUUUGGAGCUGGUGACGUGCUAUCCUCAACUGCUCGUCUUUUCCUUUUAUUCCAAAUGAUCACAGUUCUUCCAUUGUUGAUGUUUCUCGUUCGCUCUCAACUUUUCUACGCAAUUUUUGGACAAACAUGGCCUGGAGCGAUUAGAGUUAUAAUUCUUAAUGUUUUGCUUAUUGCUGUUGCGGUCGGAUUUGCAACAUUUUAUCCAAAUGUUGGAAGUAUUUUAAGAUAUGUGGGAUCAAUUUCUGGAUUAGUUUAUGUAUUUGCCCUUCCUGCAAUGGUUUAUAUUAAACAAAGUGAAGCGGCUGGAACAUUAACUCCCAUGAAGAAAUAUGCUCAUUAUGGAAUUAUCGUUAUUGGAGUUGCCAAUCUUAUUGCCCAAUUUGUGAUCUAGUCGAAUCGUUUACAAUUUACAAAGAAAAUCAGUAGUAGAUCAGAAUUUUCGUUUCAAGAAAUCAACCAAAUCAGUUCAUUCAUUCAUUUUAUCACUUUAUCAUUUGUAUUUUCUUAUCAAUCUUUUUUUAUCCCUUUCCCCCUUCAAUCAGACUAACACCUGAUCUAUUCAUUUUUUUUCGUUUCAAAUUUUCCGCCAAUUCAAUUUCGUGUUUCAUACAUUGUCUGUGUAUUUUUGUCAUGUUACGGCGAUCGAGUUUUUCGAUUUUUUCUUGUACAAAAUUUUUUCACUUGAUUCCUUGUCCUAUACUACGGUUUCCUUAUAUAUCUUUUAAAAUAUAUCUAGAUCAGUUUCAUAGCUUUUCAUUAUUUUCUAAUAUUAAUGAAGGUGUUUCAAUUAAUAUAAAGUGAUGAUUCUUGAAA